AUGACGGAUUCGCAGAGGUUCAAAUACCUAAUCACAUUUGGAAACGCUGACCCCGAGCAUCUGAUAGGUCGUUCUAUACUUGCACCAACGCUGGACGUUGUCAACGCAGUUAAUGAAUAUAUGACUGAGUUGCAUAAUGCCGAAAGCAGGUCCUACUAUAGUUCAGACGCAGUAUGCAAAGCCGACGGUGAUAAUGGUAUACUUGGAGAUGUACACACCCCGGAAUUUCUAAACAGCAUUCGUGUGUCGGGUCUACCAAAUCAUACACUGAAUUUGAAAAUUGGCUCACCAGUAAUGUUAAUGAGAAAUAUUGACCAUUCUCUUGGGUUGUGCAAUGGAACUCGGUUGAUAAUCACAAAGUUAGCAGACCAUGUUAUUGAAGGCGAGCUUCUCACUGGUCCCAACAAAGGUACAAAAGUGUUAAUUCCCCGAAUGUCAAUGUCACCCUCGGAUCCAAGAUUGCCGUUCAAGUUUCAACGAAGGCAAUUCCCAUUGAUGCUUUCAUAUGCGAUGACCAUAAACAAAAGUCAAGGCCAAACGUUGACUCAUGUAGGGUUAAUACUAAAGAAACCGGUUUUUGUACACGAUCAGUUGUACGUAGCUGCAUCUCGGGUUAAUAAUCUAGACGGUCUGAAAAUACUGAUUGUAAAAGACUCAAGUUCAACUACUACAUCAACCACCAAUGUUGUAUAUCAUGAAGUUUUCAAUAAUUUGUAA